CUCCACUGCAGCCAGAGCAUCUGUGACUCUAGAAGAAAAGAAGACUAAUGUUAUGGACUUUCUCUGGAUGUCCUUUUUCAAUUAAGUAUGAAGGUUGAAGACUAAGGUGAGACUUGUCUUUUCCUCGACGGCUUUCAGUUUUAAUAUCAAAUAUCAAUUCAACUUUAACCAUCAUGUUGUUUAGGGAAAUGAUGGAAUCCACAAUGAACUACUUUGCUCUGCUAGUGAUUUCAGCUUGUUUCAUCUUGUGUACCUCUGCAAAAUACCACCAUCAUAAUCAAGACAAGGGCAAAGAGCUAAAAUACCUCAUGGAGCCUCUGGUAUAUGCUGAGGUCACUGCUCGUCGUGGACAAACAGCUGUUUUGCCCUGCAUGAUGAGGCUCAAACCACAGCAGUACAGAUUAAAGUGGACUAAAAUCGACCCCCCUAGUCAAGGAGUGGAAAACAUAGUGUUUAUAACAAAUGGACAUGCAGAUAAGCAGUAUGGCUCACUGGGGCCUCGAGCGUCUCUCCUGCGUGCGCAUGACCUGGAUGUUUCCCUCUGUUUGACCGAUCUGGAGCUUAAAGAUGAUGGCAGCUACCGCUGUGAACUGAUCAAUGGCAUUGAGGAUGAAAGUGUUACUAUUACGCUGAGGAUUGAAGGGGUUGUAUUUCCUUAUCAGAGUCACUAUGGUCGGUACAGAUUCACUUUCUUUGAAGCUCAAAAGGCCUGUGCUGAUCAGGAUGCAACACUGGCCUCUUACAAGCAGCUUUACCGGGCCUGGACUGAAGGGUUGGACUGGUGCAAUGCUGGAUGGCUGGGCGAUGGAACUGUCAAUUACCCAGUCCUGCACCCACGGCCGGCUUGUGGAGGGGAUCUUCUAUCAGGCAUCCGAAGUUAUGGACCUCGUCACAAAACACGGGACCACUAUGAUGCUUUCUGUUUCACCUCUACCACUAAGGGCUCUGUUUUCUUCAUUCCUGGGCAGUUGGAUUUUGUCGAGGCUGAACAUGCCUGCAGACGGGAGGGUGCCGGUCUAGCGAGGACUGGUCAGAUUUUCUCAUCUUGGAAGUUUCAGCAGCUGGACCGCUGUGAUGGAGGCUGGCUGCAGGAUGGUAGUGUACGAUUCCCCAUCAUCAACCCGAGGGAGCGUUGUGGAGGGAUUGCAGAGCCAGGGGUUCGGAGCUUUGGGUAUCCCAGCAAAAGUUUGCGUCUUUAUGGGGCUUAUUGCUACAGGUAACUGGUCCAGAUUUUCUUGCCAGGUAAAUUUUUUGCUACAGGCUGUCUGUACUUACGGCACACACCUAAAUGUGAGGUCCCUAAAAGGUGCAGAACGUAUCCGUCAUUUGUACGCAUUUGUACUGUACGCACCACUAGAGGCUCUCUGGACUGUAGAGCUGCAGGAAAGAAAAUGUAUGCACUAUACAGUACAUAGCUUAGCAUACUGGGUUACAGCUAGCACUGG